AGCUUCCGCGUCUCGCCAUCUUUCUCUCCACCUCCACCGUCGCUUCCACAUCCCGUCGGCUUCCUCGUUCGUCCUACUUCGACCCGCCUCUGUACUGCCAGCGACCGCUCGUCCGCUCGGCGGCGUACUGCGCUGCACCGCGCCUUCACUGCUCGCCGCGCCGCGCCGCACAGCUUCGCCGGUGCCGCCGCGCACGGCGUGAUGCGUGCGCCGAUGCGGCGUCGCACGCUCGCUGCGGCACUGCUCGCCGUCAGCUGGGCGCUCCUUCUGCCGGCGGCGGUGCGGGCGCAGGGCGGUGAUGCGGGCGCCGGCGCCGCCUCCACCUCCUUUGUCACUACCACGGCCUCGCCGAUGGUCACGAUUGCCGUCGGCGCGCCGUCGCCAAGCCUCAACAACCCGACGUCGCAGGCCGCGCCGGCAGCUGGCGAGGCGGCGCCGACGUCGACGUCUGUCGCAGCGCUGCAGCUCGGCAGCGUCACGGCGCCCUACCUCUCCGCCGCGCCGGCGCAGGCCACGGCGCGCUCGCACAACCGGCGGCCGAGGGCUGGGCCCGCCUUCCGCGGCUGCUCGGGCGGCGGCCUGACGUAUGCUCAGCCGCAGAGCCGCAUCAACGUGUCGACGGUGUGGUCGCAGUUCGACUCUGACCUCACGGCGAGCUUCCAGGGCCUGCAGGCCCCGAGCGUGGGCACGCUGCGCAUCGUGGCGGUGGGCACGGCGGGCGAGGAGAUCCACGCCUACAGCGAUGCAUCUGGCUCGGCCCUGAUCAGUGCGAUUCAGGUGCAGAGCGAGGUGCUCACCUUUCCCGUCUUUUCGAACUUCACCUACGUCUGCGAUCGGCUCUUUCCGACGUCGCCCGACGCGACGAACCCCGGCGUGGCCAACACCUGCCAGUACGGGCCUGGCACCGUCGCCUUUGCUGUCGAUGUGCCAAUCGACGCGACGUACGAGGGCACGACGGUCUGGACGCAGAUCCAGCUCAUUGAUCCCUCGUCGCCGCCGCUGACGCUGGCGUGCAUCGAGGUGCCGCUGACGCCGUAUCGCGCCGACCGCUGGUGGUGGCAUCUGCUCUUCUGGCUCCCAAUUGCGCUCUUCAUCGCCUACUUUGCGCUCGUCGCUGCCGCCAGCGUCAUCCUCGCGAUCACGAUGCGCGCGCGCGCCUUUCGCAGUCGCGCGCGCGAGGGCUCGGCGCCGACGCUCAUCACCGACAAGAUCAGCCCGGCCAUCGUGUCGGCACUCAGCGGGCAGGGCGUCUCGCUGAGUCCGAGUCUGCUGCGCUUUGCCACGCCGGGAUGCUGGGACAUUCUGCACCACACGCAGUUCAUCGUCGGCAUUGCCAUGCUCGCCGUGCGCUGGCCGGACUUUGCGUACCCGUUCCUGCGCCAGGUCGCCUGGUCUGCGCUGCUUGGCAACGUCACGCUCGUCGAGGACUCGCCGGUGUCUGCGUCGCACGCGCAGGCACUGCUGCCCAGCGGCGACAUUGGCGCCCAGAUGGGCAACGCGUCGUCGCCACUCUUUAUGGACGAGCGCAUGCCGAACAAUCUGCUCGACCUCGGCGCAGUCUACACGGGCAUCGAGGCGUACGCGCGCAUGAUUGGUCUGCGCGAGUCGCAGCUCUUCGGCACCUGCCUGGCCAUUUGGCUGCUGAUUAUCGCGGCCGUGGCUGUUGCAUCGCUGCUCGCGUACGGCGUCGACGUUGCCGCCGAGGCGUGGGUGCGGCGCCAGCGCCAGGAAGAGGUCAACCUUGAGCCGACGGAGGUGAAGGGCGGCAAGGGCGGCAUGCUGGUGGACGCAGAUGGACAUCUGCGCGACGGCUCGCGCGGCGCAUACGGCUUCCUCGGUGCGCUGCCCGGCAUGCGCACCUUCCGCGGCGCAUCGCAGCUGCACCGCAAGGCAUUGCACGGCAACGUCAUUCGCGCGCUCGCGCUCUUCCACUUUCCGAUCACGAUUCUCAGCGUCUGGCAGUUUGCGCGCGCCGAUGGCCACUCCACGACGUCGGUCGCGCUGGCUGCGCUGGCGUAUGCGCUCGUCUCGGUCCUCGCGCCGCUCUACCUGCUGUGGCGCAUUGCGCGUGCCGACACCUCGAAGCUCUACGACGACGUGUCGACACUGAUCGCGCUGGGCCCAGUGUACAACACCUUUUCGCCGGGCUCGCAGCUCUUCUGCGCCGUCACAUUUGGCCACAGCUUCGUGCUCGGCACCGUCAUCGGUGCAGGCCAGCGCAGCGGCUCCGCGCAGGCCAUCAUCCUCCUCGUCCUCGAGCUGCUGCUCGCGCUGGCGUACGGCCUGUGGCUGCCGUACGCCGAGGGCGCGAUGAACGGGCCCGUCUCGUUUCUGUGCAGCGUUGUGCGCGUCAUCAGCGCCGUUUUGCUCGUCCUCCUCACGCCGCUCGUCGGCUUCGGGCGCCAGGCGUGCGGCUGGAUCGCGUACGUCAUCCUGCUGCUGCAGGGCAUCUUCUUCCUUGGCGCCCUACUCGUGCUCGCAGCGAAGCUCGUCGAGGCAGUCGUGCGCAUCGCCUGGCGCGUGCCGCACGAUACGCGCGCCUCGGGCCGCUCGGCGGGCCUCGCUGGUGCGAUUCGCCGCAUCCGCCGCCGCAAGGACAAGACGCUGCAGCUCGCCAGCCCAGGCAACAAGCGCCACUCGGGCGCAAGCAGCAAUGGCGGCAUCAUGCGGCCGCAGACACAGCGCUCCUCGUCGGGCACGAGCACCAAUGCGAUCCUGCGGCCUGCCGCGCCGCCGCGCACCAGCACCAGCAGCACGCAGUCGGGCAUGCUGUCGCGCUCGCAGGCGCGCCCGGGAGCCAUUCCCCUGACGCACUCGCGGCACGGCAGCUACGCAUCGUACCUCGACAGCCAGCUGUACGCCAAGGGCGAGUCGUCCAGCGCGCCUGCGCUCGACCCCAACCCGUACUCGGUGUACUACCGCUCCGCGCCCGACGACGACGACGACAUCAUGGCGUCAAUGCCGCCGCAGUCGCCGUCGUGGCCGGCGGCGACUGCGUUGCCGCGCAACCGUGCGCCGUCGCCGAUCCGCGAGGAGAAGUUUGUGCGCGUCCGCGGCGCACGCACGACGGACGCCGACCCGUACGCCGCACAUGCAGCCGCUGCUGCUGCGGCCGAGGACUCGUCGGAGGACGACACGUGGAACAGCAGCACGGUGCAGGCGGGCGGACGCUGGAAGGGCGUCGCUCGGAUGGCUGCCCUGUUGCGACGUCUGGGCAACGCGCCGCCGGCCAGCAGCGCCGAGGGCACGCUCUCGCCCGUCGACGAGACGCCGAGCGGCGGAGGGUUCCAGGUCGUGCGUGCGCCACGGCCACGUCCUAGCGCGCCCGCAUCCGCCGACGCCGACGCCGACUCGACUGCUCUGGCGGCCGCCGCGGCGAAGCGGUCGUCGUCGGGCUCCUUUGGCGGGCGCGGACAGCUCGGCAUGCUCGCAGCUGACCUGCAGCGCGCGCCCUCGACACUAGCCCGCGACGAUGCCGAGCCGCAGGGCGGCGACGACAACUUCUGGCUGCCGCCGCGCACCGGCGGCGAAGGCAUGGUGCGGCCCUCGGAGGACCAGGCGCCGCGCCCGCGGAUGCGGGGCAGCUUCAUCGAGGUCAGCGAGCCGCGCGUGCCGCAGGAGCCGCCGCAGCUGCCGAGGCCAGACUUUGCGUGACGUGGCAAUGUAUGAUGUGACCGCGAGC